CUUAAGAGUAGUACACAGGUAUUCUCUUCUGCUUAUGCUGAGCUAUGCUGACUCACUUUUGAUUGGUAGUUCAAGCCGAAGCCGAAAUCGUGCGUCAUCAGCAGAGUUGGACGAUGCGAUGCAUGCAUGUCUCGAGGCUCUACUGUACACACAUCACGUCAAGUGAUAUCUCUGAGCCGCCAAGGAUUGAGUCGAACUAUCUACCCCAUCCGCUAGAUAUCGGACUCUGCGCUCGACACAUUCUCUUUCUUCAAACCCUCGCUAAGACCGAGCCAUUGGUGUCGUAUCUCAAACCUGACGGGAAGCGAAACCACCCUACCGCCUUUUUGAAAGAUCUUGAGGACGCGAAAGCGAAUACUCGGGCGACAUCCGUACCUGUAUGUCAUUACUCGGGCACAUGUGCUAUGCUUCCGAGAGAGAAGGGAGGUGUUGUGAACGUACGACUUGUGGUUUACAGGACGAAAAAAUGGAGAGUGGUUGAUGCCAGUAUUAUGCCCCUCAUACAGGAAGGAAAUUGUCAGAACUUUUGUCUAUGCUGUGGCCGAACGGGCAGCAGAUCUCAUGAAGAUCGACCACGGGUUGGAGGUUUGUAUUGUGUAGAGGUCGAUCUAAUGAGAGGUAUUUCAGUUCAAUGCCAUGCAAACAAGGAUGAUAUAACCUAUCGUAAGGAUUAAAAUAUAGCUAGGUAUGAUAUUGUCCUUGACUUUGUGGGAUAAUAUAAGUGGAAAGCGCAGGCUUUUCUGAGAUUCGAGUUUACAUCGUUCUCACACCACUUCAUCGUUUCAGAUUUAAGUUUGCCGUUGGGACUUAAAUCACUUGCAUUGUCCCCCAAAAUCUAG